AUGACUAUCAAAAUGGCAUGCUAUUUUGGUUGGAUAGCGAAUGACUUGCGCGAAAUUUUGUACCCAAUACUUAUCAACAAUUAUGUAAAAUCUAAAAUAAUGACCAUUGUCUUUCAUAUGAUCUGCUUGACUACUAAUAUUUUUAAAUUUCUGCUCAUUAAUUAUAUGUGCGAAACAGUCACCACCAAGGCAAAUGUAACAGCAGAUUUAUUAAAUAGAAUAUCAUACGUCACUUGUGAUAUUGAAAUUCGUGAAAUCAUGUCACAAUUUUCAUUACGAAUAGUUCAUGCCCCUCUUAGAUUCUGCGGAAUUGGACUUUUCCAAUUUGGUUUCAAAUUUCUUCACGGGUUUAUCACAUCUGUUGCGACUGUUGUAGUUUUAAUAUUACAAGCACGAGUAAAUAAGCAAAAAUUUAUAUGA